GAACACGAUGCAUGUGGACGUAGUGACGCUGACUGCUGUCAUUCUUUGCUUCCCUUUGCUCACAUUAUGUGACCCACUCUAUGUUCUGUCAGCUCCUAAUCUGCUGAGGGUGGGUUCCUCAGAGAAUGUGUUUGUUGAGGCUCAGGAUUACUCUGGAAAAAACCUGAAUGUGAGGAUCUUUGUAAAGAACUACCCGAAGAAGAACCAGGAGUUACUGUCUAAAUCAGUGACACUGACUGCAGACAACAAUUUCCAAAACCUUACAGAUAUAAAGAUUCUGCGUGUUAGGGACUAUUUCAAUGACGAUCCUCUCGAGAAGCAGUAUGUGUAUUUACAAGCUCGAUUUCCAACCGUCACUCUGGAGAAGGUGGUCAUGGUAUCUUUCCAGUCUGGAUAUAUAUUCGUACAAACAGAUAAGCCCAUCUACACACCUACUAGCACAGUUAAUUACAGGUUCUUCUCCUUAACUCCUGAUCAACAAUCAUUUGAUGGAGCUUACAUCUUAGUCCAUGUCAUGAAUCCUCAAGGCAUCACAUUGAAAAGUUAUGACUUCCAAUUAGAACGAGGCAUCAAGAAUGACAACUUUGUUUUACCUGAACUUGCCAGCUCUGGCGUUUGGAAGUUGAUUGCAAAGUUCACACACACACCGCAAAAGAACUUCACUACUGAAUUUGAAGUUAUGGCAUAUGUGUUGCCAACCUUUGAAGUGACCUUAAAUACACGCAAACCAUUCUUCUAUGUAAAUGAAGACUCUCUUAAAGUAGACAUAUCAGCUAAGUACCUGCUUGGUAAUAGUGUCAGGGGAACUGCUUUUGUGGUGUUUGGUGUGAUAGAGAAUGAGAAAAAGAUCAGCAUUGCUGCCUCACUGCAAAGGGUUCAGAUAUUUGAUGGAGAAGGAGAGGCAGAGCUGACAACACAAAUGAUCAAGGCGAACUUCCCAGACAUCCAGCAGCUAGUUGGGAAAUCCCUCUACAUUUCAGUCAGUGUUUUAACAGAAACUGGCAGUGAAAUGGUGGAAGCACAUAAGAAAGGCAUUCAGAUUGUGACGUCACCAUACACCAUCCAAUUCAGAAGAACACCGCACUUUUUCAAACCUGGAAUGCCCUACGAUGUCUCUGUCUAUGUAACAAAUCCUGACCAAACACCUGCUAAGAAUGUGAAAGUUGAGGUCAAUCCAGGAGGGGUCAUGGGUCAAACAGGAGACAAUGGCAUUGUGAAAGUUACUGUCAACUCUCAGGAAGGAUCUUCCAUACUGGAGAUCAGUGCAAAGACCAAAAAUCCACAAUUAAGCGAUGAUCAGCAGGCAGUAAAGAAGAUGACAGCUCAGGCCUACAAAGGCAGCUCCAAGAACUACCUGCACAUCGAUAUUAAAACCGCAGAACUUCAGAUCGGUAAUCAAAUGAAAGUCUCUCUGAAUCUAGAACACAGCCCUGGAGUGAUAAACCCUGAUAUCACCUACAUGAUUUUGAGUAAAGGUCAGAUUGUUAAAGUAGGCAGGUCUAAACGAAGUGGACAAUUUCUAGUGACUCUGUCUCUACUUGUAACCAAAGACAUGGUGCCAUCCUUCCGCUUUGUGGCUUAUUACCACGUGGGCUCAUCUGAGGUGGUGUCUGAUUCAGUGUGGGUCGAUGUGAAGGACACUUGCUUGGGAACGCUCAAAGUUGAGAUGAAGGACCCAGCACAAAAUAGCCCAGGAAAACUUUUCAAAUUGAAAAUCACCGGAGACCCUGGAGCUAAAGUCGCGCUGGUCGCUGUAGAUAAGGGUGUCUAUGUCCUUAAUGACAAGAACAGACUCACUCAGACAAAGAUCUGGGAUGUCAUAGAGAAGCAUGACACCGGCUGUACGGCAGGAAGUGGAAAGGACAGUAUGGGGGUUUUCACUGAUGCAGGUCUGAUGUUUGAAUCCAACACUGCAGGAGGAACCAACACCAGGACAAAUAAUGAGUGCCCUGUCCCAUCUAAGAGAAAACGCAGAGCGCAGAGUCUUCUGCAGAUCACCACUACACUGGCUGGUCAGUACUCUGGUGAACUGAAGAAGUGCUGUGUGGAUGGAUUGCAAGACAAUAAACUCGGCUAUUCCUGUGAGCGGCAGGCUUCAUUCAUCGUAUAUGGAGAGGAAUGUGUUGAAGCCUUUCUGCACUGCUGCAGGAAGAUGAAACACCACACGGAGGACUUCGCAGAGAAAGAGUUGCUUCUGGCCCGCAGUGAGGAAGAUGAUUUUGAGAAGGAAUCAGAAGACGUGAUGGUGCGCACUCAGUUUCCUGAAAGCUGGCUUUGGAAGGAGAUUGAUCUUCCUGCUUGUCCACCAAACAGUUUUGUUGAAACAUCUACUUUAACAACUGAAACACUAAAAGACUCCAUCACAACCUGGCAGAUCACAGCCAUCAGCCUGUCCAAGACCUUUGGAAUAUGUGUGGCUGAUCCUCAUGAGAUCACUGUUAGAAAAUAUUUUUUUAUUGAUCUUAAUAUGCCUUACUCAGCAGUGCGCAAUGAACAACUGGAAAUAAAGGCUGUUCUUCACAAUUAUGGCGAUGAGAAGCUGACAGUGAAUAUUAGAUUUAGGACAUCUGAGGGUAUUUGCAGCAGUGCCAGCCAAAAACCAAAACAGAGGAUAAAAGUUUCCGUUGACUCCAUGUCCUCCACAGCCGUCCCUCUCAUCAUCAUCCCAAUGGAGCUGAACGAGCAGUGGAUUGAAGUUGAAGCACACAGCUUUGAUAGCAAAGACAAAAUUAUGAAGAAACUGAAGGUGGUGCCUGAAGGUGUGCUAACCGAAGCCCGGGAGAGAACUGAACAGAUCAACCCAUCUAAACAUCCAGGCGGCUUACAGGUCGUGUCUGUGAGGAGCAACAUUCCACCAAGAAAGGUUCCAAACACACCUGCUACCACAGUGAUCACAGUGAUAGGUCAGGAGAUGACACGCACAGUCGAGCAGGCCAUCAGUGGACAUUUUAUGGGUCAGCUCAUUGUCCAGCCCUAUGGAUGUGGAGAGCAGAACAUGAUCCGUAUGACUCUACCUCUCAUUGCCACUCAUUAUCUGGACAGCAUCAAUCAGUGGGAGGCUGUUGGCAUGGAGCGGCGUAAUGAAGCCAUUAACCACAUCAGAACAGGUUAUAAGGCGGAGUUAGCCUUCCGUAAAUCUGAUGGGUCAUACGGUGUCUAUUCAAACACACCGAGCAGCACAUGGCUGACAGCAUACGCAGCCAAAGUGUUUGCGAUGGCCAGUGAUCUGAUUGUCAUAGAGGAGAAUGUGCUCUGCAGCGCCCUCCACUGGCUGGCCACAAACAAACAGCUGCCAGAUGGCAGGUUUAAAGAAGACCAGGCUGUUUAUCUAAACAGUAUGGUUGGUGGUGUACACAAAGAUGCUGACGCCUCUCUGACUGCAUUUGUCCUGAUUGCCAUGCAAGAAGGUAGCAAGAUCUGUAAUGAACCUGUAAGUAAUCUUCAAAGCAGUAUGAAAAGAGCUGUUGAUUACCUGCUGCUGAAAGUUCACAGUCUGACCAGCGCUUAUGAUGUGGCUAUGACUUCUUAUGCUUUGGCCCUUGCUGGAAAACUCAAUAAAGACAUUUUGAAGAGACAUUCCACUGAAAGUAAAGAUGGAAUAUUUUGGAAAGUUCCUGGAGAACACCAUCACUCCCUAGGUGCUACAGGUUAUGCAGUGCUUGCCCUAGUAAAUGUAAAGGAUUUUGAGAGUGCUGGACAGGCAGUGCGUUGGCUGGGGAUGCAACAAACCCACUAUGGGGGUUACGGCACAACUCAGGCAACAAGCAUAGUCUUCCAAGCUGUGGCUGAGUACCGCACUCAGGUUAAGCAGCCAGACAUCAGUUUGAACCUGGAUCUGGCUGUAGAGGGGAGAAAAGACAAAACCACAAUUACUAUCCAACCAACCAACAUUCAUAUUUCACGCUCAGACAAGUUUGACAUUACGAAAAGUUUCAAUAUCACAGCUCAAGGGACCGGGGUGGCCAUGCUCUCGGUCUUUUCUGUGUAUUAUGCUCUGCCUGAAGAGAAGGACUAUGACUGUAAUGUGUUCGAUCUCAGUGUGCAGAUGGUGAAAGAACCUGCAGUGUCCUAUGAUGGAGCCUCUGAAAGCUACCAGAUCACUAUUGAAUACAUUUUCAAAGACCCGUCAAAAAACUCAGGCAUGUCUAUUUUGGACAUUGGCCUGCUGACAGGGUUCAAAGUGGAUGAACGUGAUCUUUCAAAGUUACUCAGUGGUAAGGAUAAGUACAUUCAAAACUUUGAGUUGAACAAGGAGCUGUCAGAGCGAGGAUCUCUUAUCAUCUACAUAGAUAAGAUUUCUAAUAAAGAGAAGGACAGGCUUGUCUUCAGUAUGCACAAGAUGAAUGAAGUGGGAAUACUGCAGCCCGCCAGAAUCACUGUGUACGAGUACUAUGCUCCAGAUAAGCGUUGUGUGAAGUUCUACCAUCCUAAUAAGAAAGAUGGAUCGCUGAACAGACUCUGCCAUGAGGCGUUGUGCCAGUGUGUUGAAGAGAACUGCAGUUUGCAAAAGCAUGAACACAUCGAUGAGAAGGACCGUAAAGAUCAGGCCUGUAAACGUACAGCAGAAUACGUUUAUAAAACCAGGGUGCUGGAAAUGGGCUUCUCAUUGCAUGCAGACAUCUAUAACAUGACAAUUGAGAAAGUGGUGAAAGAAGGUUCUGAGGCAGAUGUGGAAGGAAAUAUAAGGUCGUUCUUGGCUCAUCCUUUCUGUAGAGAUUCUCUGAAAUUUGAAAAAGGCAAGACAUACCUGAUCAUGGGCCAAACCAAAAACCUUCCAAGGAUUGGUGGAAAGUUGAGGUACCACUUGGGUGAGGACACCUGGAUUGAAUACUGGCCAACAGACAAGGAGAGCCAGACAGUAGAACAUCGAAAACGGUAUAUCGGCAUCACCUCACUUGCCGAUGAGCUUCUCCGAUUUGGAUGCUCCACUUGAAGAUUUUCAUCUAUAGCAGCCUUGCAGCCACAGCUUAGCUUUUAAUUCAAGUAUAUUGUCAGAUUUAUAAACAAUUGCAGACUUUUUGUUUUAGUUCAUGCAGUAUGCUCAGUUCGC